CUCGGAGACCCGGUCCUACCACGUUUUCAUCCACCAUUACAUCACCAGCAGCGGCAACAAAUCACGCGUUGGUUUUCUGAUGUUGCCUGAUAGUAAAGCGCCCACCUCCCCUCCUCCUCACCUCCUCACCUCCCCUCCUCCACUACCAUAGUAAAACAGACUCCCUGCUGCUCGCCGCCAGACGCGUGGAGAGGCACAUCUCCAGGACGCAGUGUGCACCUCCUGUCCUCACUCUUCGAUUUUGCUGUCGUCUAAAAGCCGCGGCUGGUGGCUCACACAGAAGAAGCGUUGCGCGAUCAGAACUGCAGAUAUUCAUACAAGCCCCGCAAAUUUCCGCGCGAUUUCAACUGUUUGGAUGGGUUUUUUUUCCCCCCCAGCUUAGUCCUCAAAUAGUGCGAGCUCACCUUUGAUUCACGCCUCUUAUCUAGUCUUAGUCUCUGGCUUUGACUUGUUGGGGAGCCUGCGGAGGCGAGCAUGACAGCGUGACAAUGGUGCAAGGCUGCUUGACGGCAGGGUGGUGCGUUUUUGGUUUUUGCUUUUUGUAUGUGUUGACUUUUGAGGAAUGGUCUCUUUGAUGGAGCAGGCACUGAGAACUGCAGCGGCUUAUUUUGUUAAAUUUGACUUGAAAAUAUUCGUGCUCUUCAUAUGUGUUAUGCUAAACAGAUCUGGCGCUUCGUCCAGUGCGCUCUUUUCUCACGUUUCUCCCUACAUCCGCCGCAGCGCAUCUCUAAUUGGAGCGACCCCGUGCGUCUUAAUUGAUGGAGAUUAUCCACAUCGGACAUUGACCUUGAGUUACACCGUCUAGCACCGUACUGCAGGUUGAAACACAACGAUUUGGUUGUUAUUGGAUGACAUUGUCCUUCUCUGGUGCAGUUGCAUUCGUCAUUCACCCGGUUGGUCGUACCUUUCAGUGGCAAUGCCGGUGAACGCGCUGCCCCGCGGCAGCAGCAGCGCCAUCGGCGGCCCGGUGUCUCUGAUCCCGGCUUCGCUGUCCCGCAGCCUGUCCCGGCUACGGGAGUACCGGACCCGGACGAGGAUCAUGCUGGGUCUGGGAGUCUCUCAGAUGGUCCUGGGGAGUCUCAUCCUCGCCGUUAGCUUUGCGGCUCUGGCUCUAACCACGUCACCCAGAGUCCGGCACUCGUGUCCCUUCUGGGCAGGUUUCUCAGUGCUGCUCUCUGGACUGAUCGGAGUGGUGUCAUGGAAGAGGCCGCUCUCUCUUGUGAUCACAUUCUUCAUGCUACUGUCAGCCGUGUGUGUGAUGCUCAACCUGGCGGGCUCCAUCCUCUCCUGCCAGAAUGCUCAGCUGGUCAACUCUCUGGAAGACUGUCAGCUGUGUGGAUGUAUGUUCCCCCCAUCUCCCCCCCAGCUUAAGUUUGACAGCGAUGGAGUGUGUGUAUGCUGUGGGCUACAGCAGCAGAGUUCAAGCUGCAACAACCUGGGAGAGACACUGAAACUGAAUCCACUGAGGGACUGCAACACCAUACGCCUACGCCUCAAGGAUCUGCUGUUCACCGUUUGUGCCCUUAACGUCAUCUCCACCAUUGUGUGUGCUCUAGCCACUGCCAUGUGUUGUAUGCAGAUGGUCUCAACUGAUGUGCUGCAGAUGUUUAUGCCACACAGAGCGCGAGCGCUAAACGCUGACUGCAUGACGCCCCAUGGAACCAUCCUUCACCAGACACUGGACUUUGAUGAGUUUAUUCCUCCCAUUCCCCCUCCACCAUACUACCCCCCAGAAUACACCUGCACCCCCUCAAUGGAUGGACAGAGAGGCCUGCAUCUGGACUUUCCCCAUUCUCCCUUCGGUGCCAUCUAUGGGGUGCCUAUCAACAGCCCAGGGACCCUGUAUCCAACUGACCUGCCCCCUCCAUAUGAGUCUGUGGUGGGACAGACCCCUGCUAGCCAGGUCACCACCAGCAUAGAGCAACAGGCCACUGGAUCUAGUCUGUGUGAGAGAAACACCACUGCAGGACUCAGCACUCAGGCCUCGGUGGAUAGUGCAUCACUGAUGGUAUCAGAAGUGGCUGAUCAGGACCAGACUUGUUCUUCAGAGGACUUGUGUUCCCUGGAGGUCCAAGGCUCUGACUCCUCACCCUAUGGCACACUCCACACUGCCCCCACUGAUGGAAGCUGCACCAGUCUGGAACUUUGCACACGUGACUCCUCACGUUGCCAUCAUGGCCUGCCCAGGACUGAUGCUCGUCCUAGUGAUACUGGAUACAGUGAGUCUUCACACACCCAGGAGUCUCUGGAACGCUCUCCGGACUGGUCCUCUGAAAACUUUAGCAAUCUGGACCAGGAGGAUUCUGUAGAUAACAUACAUCCAUGUGAAGACCUCAGGGCUGCAAUGCACAUAUGUGACGAGCUUGCAUCGGCCAAACAAUUACCAGAUGAACCACCUAAACCAUCAGCACACUCCCUCAUUAAAGCACGAAUAAUGAGCCGGAAGCUCACGCUCCCGGUCAGUAUCCCCCCACCACCUCAGCCUUGUUCUCCCACCUCUGUGACCUCCUUGGGAGGAUCUUCAGCCAUCAGUCCUUUGGCUCCUUCUCCUUCCCCUUCCCCUACUAACAGGCCACGUGGCCCCAGGCUGUGCUUCAGUGUUUGGUCACCCUCCUCCACAUCACAGCCACCCUCUACCUCAGCCCAAAGUGGCUCCUCACCCUCAGAUAAGCCUUGGGGGCUCCGAGCAGCAAGAAGGUACCGCAAGCUGGCACGCAUUGUCCGCUCCAGCAGCGACCCUAUUUCCUGCUCCUCUACAACAGGAAGAGAAAAUGGCAGCUGCACCUCUGUAAACAACCCUGCUGCUGAAGAUUCUGUUCAUGCUUCACCAGAUCGAGAACUAAGAGAUGUUUCAACAGAGGUAGUUGGAGCUAAACCUAGUCGCAUGUGUGUCAGGAAGCAGCAGAAAGAGGACAGGAAAGUUGACAUCCAUUUUAAACCCCGAUCCUUACACACACACUCCACCCAUGAACGUCCACACUCCCUGGCUGACCUUAAGAUGUACAAAGACACAAAAAUAUUGGUGGCCAAAUUCCUGGAGCAUUCGAGCUGCAGUCUACCUCCUGAUGUGCAACAGGUUGUCAACAACAUCAAAUGUGUCAUCAAAUCGGAUGAGAAACACAUGGAGGAGGCCAUCUUUAGUGCCAGUGUCAUAGAUCAGGUGAUGACCGGGCGUAUCCUAGGCAGUCCUAGGAAGCGUGGUCAUGAGGAUCUUCACCUGCAGAGCUGCGGCGCUUUGAGCUUAUCCCCGUCCCAUUCAAUGCAUCGUCCCAAACAUCUCCCACAAACAACCAGCACCUCCACUAAUCCACUAGACUCCCCCUCCUCUGAACAAAGCCUUGAGUGCAGAGAAACUAUUCUCUGACCACUCUCCCAACAAGGACUUGGGUCAAAACUCUGAGGGCAUUACAGGAUGCUGGUAUUGCAGACACGCAGUGCUGUGCAGCACAUCUGUAGAGUAACUAAUAACUCUUCAGGCAUUGUGAGGACAUUUAUGUGCAUAGUGUAACUGCAGUAAAAGCAAACAGAUAUGCUCUCAUAAUGUAUUUCCUAGUGCCCUCUGAGUCCAUGCCAAGUCAUCAGCAGAAAUGGUAGCAAGCUUAGAAUGAGCCUGCCAUUGCCUGACAUGGCUUCUCUCUCAUCAGAAGAACAAAGAAUGUUUCUCCCUCAGGGGAUCUUUUCUACUGAGCUUCAUCUCUUAAAAAAAAGAAACACACACGGCAAAUUUGGAUCGGUGACUGAAAGACAAAGGAGAUUAUGUUUUCAAUAGUUCUCUUCUUCUCAUAAGAAUCGGAGAAAUAUGUUCAUAUUAAACUGUGAACUGAACCAAAUGGGCAUUGUUUGCAGACUUUGUGGUACUGUUACUGAUGGUGGUGAAUAUUUUGUGGAGCCGCUGGUUUAAAAAGAUCAUGGAUGUGGAUUAUUUAACUUACCUCAAAGUGUUACAAUUCUUAUCAGUGUUACAAUAAAUUUGAAUUUGUAUGUUGUAGUUUGUGCUUUUUUUCAGUGAAUGUUUCAGGAUGAUGUGUGUCAGUCAUAGGCAUUAUUAGCAUUUUGAAUAUCUGGUCAUCUCAGCCAGGGCUGGUCAAAAUAAUAGAAACACUGUACAAUACAGCAAGCUUA